UAUGUUGUGUUAUGUUAUGUUAUGCUAUGUUAUGUAUGUACAAGUAUACAACUGAAUCAUAGAUAACGAUUCAUCGGCUUUCAGUCUCCUUUUAUUUCAGGUUCAAUGUAUAGUAAAAUAAUAAACAUAAUUUACUGAAUAGCUACAGUGUUUCCCAAACCAAAUGUCAAGGACUCUUGCAGCAAUAUUAGGAGGUGCUGCAGGAGCCGUGGCAUUGGUGGGGAUAGUUGGAUUGCUUGUAUGGUUCUGCCUAUCUCAAAAGUGGAGUGUAUCAAGAACUUCUGAGACAGGAUCUUCUGAUCCAUCUGGUCAAGUUGGAAGACAUGCCAGUGUUGAGUUAUCAAUUCCGGAUGCCAGGCGCUUUGAUAUGGACGAGUUGUCUCUGGCCACAAAGAAUUUUAGUGACAGAAAUCUGAUAGGGGAAGGAAAAUUUGGGGAGGUAUAUAAGGGUUUGCUUCAGGAUGGGAUGUUAGUUGCCAUCAAAAAGCGCACUGGAGCACCUAGUCAGGAAUUUAUUGAUGAGGUGCGUUUUCUCUCAUCUAUUCAUCACCGGAAUCUCGUGACUCUCUUGGGCUACUGCCAGGAAAAUAAUCAACAGUUUCUUAUAUAUGAGUAUAUACCUAAUGGAAGCGUUUCCAUUCACUUGUAUGGUAACUCUCUAUCCAGUCAAAAUGUGUGUUUUCAUGAGGGCAUGUUCUAUCCUAUAUAGACCAGGAAAAGUAAUAAUAAUAUACUUUUGAUUUUAUAUUGAAGUCUCGACAUGUUUCUGCAGGAGCUGGUCAAGUUUCACCUCAGAAGCUAGAAUUCAAACAUAGACUCUCAAUAGCUCUAGGGG